AUGGGACUCUCUAAAACCCUCCUCAGCAUUUCCCUCAUCGUCGGCCUCACCACCGCCGCUGUCCCCUCCGGCGCCUCGCUCUGCGUAGGUCAAGGCAAAGGCAGCUGCCAAUUCGGUGCCUACCAGCUCCAACCAACAGACACCUGCGAGGACCUCCAAAAGAACGCCGCCUUCAUCUACGACCACGCCUGCAACCAGAUCGGCCACGUCGAGAACUUCGCCGAGGGCGACUCCAUCGACUCCCAACUGCCGUACACCGUUGAUGUGCUGAGAAUUACGGGCGGGCCCUCUUGCAAUAUCAAGUAUAAGAUUGCGUACAGUGCUGGGGAUUAUGGGUAUGGGGAGCCGGCCGGGGGGGUUUGGGGGAGUUGCUCGGAGCCGGGAUAUGCGUGCAACUAUUAUCGGGUUGCGUUUCCUUGUCCGGGUUUUUAG